AUGGCAGGGGAAGAGUCUGCGUUAGCCGUCCUCUUACGAGCACUGCAAGGUCUAGCACCUAAAGACUUCCAGGAGUUUAAGACAAAGUUAUCAGAGGUCCAUGUGGAAGGAGGAUGGAGUAUCCCAAAGGAUUUGCUGGCAGAGGCCACCCAGCCUCGUGCGCUCGCCAGCUGCAUGGGCAAGAGCUGCAGCGAAGACGCCGCCAUGGACGUAGCGAUUGGGUUGUUUGAAGAGAUGAACCUGUCAGACCUCGCUGAGAAACUGCUGGAGAAGAAGGUGGAAGAGUACAAGCAGAAAUACCGAGAGCACGUGGUCCAGGAGUUCCUCCGGUACAAAGAAGUGAACUCCUGUCUCGGGGAGAACCUGUCCGUCAGCAGUCGCUACACUGACCUGACCAUCACCAGGAAGGCUCGGAGCAAGCGCCAAGGGGGAUGUGCCGACACUGGCAAUGGACCAGCCGCUGUCACCGUCACCACCCAGACGCUGUUCAAAGCUGAUGAAGAUGGGCAAACACCACAGGUCGUGGUGCUGGUGGGUGCCCCGGGGAUGGGGAAGACGAUGACAGUCAGGAAGGUGAUGGUGGAGUGGGUGAAGGGGACCUUCUACGCACAGUUUGACUACGUCUUCUGCAUCGACUGUAAAGACAUUGCCUUUACCAAGGAAGUGAGCGUGGCAGACCUCAUCUCAAAGUGCUGCCCUCACAGGCGAAUGCCGGUUGGGAAGCUCCUGGAUGACCAGAAGAAGAUUCUCUUCAUUUUUGACGGCUUUGAGGCCCUGGGAUUUUCCUUGGUUCAGUCCAAGGAUGAGCUGAGCUCUGACCCCAGGGAAGUGAAGCCGCUGGAAACCACCCUGAUGAGCUUGUUGAAGAAGACUCUUCUCCCCGAGUCCUCCUUGCUCAUCACCACAAGGCCGACGGCUCUUCAAAGCCUGGGGCAGUGCCUGGAGGGUGAGUAUUACGCGGAAAUAGUGGGAUUUUCGUCAGGCAUGAAGAAGGAGUAUUUCCACAGGUAUUUUGAGAAUGACAAUAAAGCCGAUGUGGCCUUCAGGUUUGCCAGAGGCAACAAGAUCCUCUACAGCUUGUGUGUCAUCCCCAUCAUGAGUUGGACCAUCUGCACCAUCCUUGAUCAAGAGCUUUCCAAGAAGAAAAACCUCUCCGAGUGCUCUAAAGCAACCACGCAGAUGACCGUGUUCUACCUCUCCCGGUUAAUGAAGAGCAGAGGCAGGGACAACCCGCAGGACCUCCAGCCAUUCUUGCGCAAGCUCUGCUCCUUGGCUGCCAACGGCAUCUGGAAGCACAAGGUCCUCUUUGAGGAGAAGGAAGUCAAGGACAUUGGCUUGGACCAGCCGGAACUUCUCCCCCUCUUCCUAAAUGAGAAGAUCUCAAAGAAAGGCAUAGACCAUGGGAACAUCUACAGCUUCACCCACCUGCACCUCCAGGAGUUUUUUGCGGCGAUGUUUUACUUUCUGGAGGAUGACGACGAAACAGUUGGUGACUCGGGGGCUCUUGCAAAGGAUGUAAAUAUGUUGUUAGAAAGUUAUAGCAAGUCCAGGAAGGAUUUGAACUUAAUGGUGCGGUUCCUGUUUGGUCUGGUAAACCAAAAAUCAGUAGAGUACAUGGACGAAAGCAUCGGGUGCAGAAUUUCCCCACGAGCCAAGGAAGACAUGCUGCGGUGGCUUCAGGGGAGGCACAGAGACAUCUCCCAUCCUGGCCAAGCACUGAAGGUUACGGAGUUGGACACUUUCCACUUUUUGUUUGAGAUGAAUGAGGAAAGUGUGGCACAAAGUGCUUUGAGUCAUUUCACCGACAUAGAGUUGCAAGACUUCAAGUUGACCCUCUACGACCAAAUGGCUCUUUCCUUCUGCAUCAGGCAGUGGGCUGGGCUGGGCAGCGUCACCCUCCGGGGAUGCUCCUUCAACCAGCAGGAUCCCGGGAAGGAGCUGGCCACGGCAGUGCCUUG